GAUCGAGGCAAAGCCCGCGACGGUUAAACAGCACGGGAGGAGCCCCACGGCCUCCUCUCUGGCUCCACUCUGGCUGAGGGGUUAGGUUUGCAGUUCUAGGCCGGUUUUCGGGGCGAUGCCUUCCCGAGUGGAGGACUACGAGGUGCUCUUCACCAUUGGUACCGGUUCUUACGGCCGCUGCCAAAAGAUACGACGGAAAAGCGAUGGCAAGGCCAGCCACACUUGGCCCCCUUUUCAAGCAGUGUUUACUGAGAGAGUUUGACUAGAACAAGCAUCUGUGAAAAAAAGCAAACCUUGAUGACAUCUUUAUUGAAUGCCCGUGUACAGAGCACGGUGCUCUCAAAGUAUUAGUUUGGAAAGAACUUGACUAUGGCUCUAUGACAGAAGCUGAGAAGCAAAUGCUUGUUUCUGAAGUGAAUUUGCUCCGUGAACUAAAACAUCCAAAUAUUGUCAGAUAUUAUGACCGUAUUAUUGAUAGAUCCAAUACAACACUCUAUAUUGUAAUGGAAUAUUGUGAAGGAGGGGAUCUGGCUAGUGUUAUAACAAAAUGUACCAAAGAGAGACAUUAUUCAGAUGAAGAUUUUGUUCUCCGUGUAAUGACUCAGCUGACCUUGGCCCUAAAGGAAUGUCAUAGACGAAGUGAUGGUGGCCAUACUGUGUUGCAUCGUGACCUGAAGCCUGCUAAUGUUUUCCUGGAUGGCAAGCAAAAUGUCAAACUUGGAGACUUUGGGCUUGCUAGGAUAUUAAACCAUGAUACAAGUUUUGCAAAAACAUUUGUUGGCACACCAUAUUACAUGUCUCCCGAACAAAUGAAUCGCUUGUCCUAUAAUGAAAAGUCUGAUAUCUGGUCAUUAGGCUGUUUGCUCUAUGAGUUGUGUGCUUUAAUGCCUCCUUUUACAGCUUUUAGUCAAAAAGAAUUAGCUGAAAAGAUCAGAGAAGGAAAAUUCCGACGAAUUCCUUAUCGUUACUCAGAUGAGUUGAAUGACAUUAUUACCAAGAUGCUAAAUUUGAAGGAUUACUGUCGACCAUCUGUUGAAGAAAUUCUGGAAAACUCUCUAAUAGCAGAUUUGGUAGCGGAAGAGCAAAGAAAAAAUCCUGAGAGGAGGGGGCGACGAUCUGGAGAGCCAGAAAAGCUGCAAAAUUCAGGCCCUGCAAUGACUGAGCUGAAAUUGAAGGAGCUACAACUGCAGGAAAGAGAAAAAGCCAUUAAAGCAAGAGAAGAAAGGCUAGAACAGAAAGAACGUGAACUUUGUAUUCGGGAGAGACUUGCAGAAGACAAACUUAUCAGAGCUGAAAAUUUAUUGAAAAAUUAUAACCUGUUAAAGGAACAGAAGAUUUUGGCAUUGGCAAAUAGCUCAGAACCACUUGAUUUCCCCUCAUCUCUAACCAAGAAGAAAGUUCACUUCAGUGGGGAAAGUAAAGAGAAUAUCCUGAGUGGCGAGAACUCUGAGAAUUAUCCCAUCAGCAAGUCCAAAGGCUGUGACUUGAAGAAGAGACUUUAUGCUGCUCAACUGCGUGUUCAAGCCCUGUCAGAGCUGGAGAAAAACUACCAGCUGAAGAGCAGACAGAUUCUGGGCAUGCGCUGACUGACACUGCAGAAGCGAGAUAGGAUUUAAUAUCGUGGCCGUGUUAGGGAUGGAUAUUCAACUGUUGUACCUUUGAUAUACUUGGUUCUGUGCUCCAUGUCCUUGUUUGAUCCUAUCAAAACACGGGAAGUGUUUUUUGCUGUUCUUCAUGUUUUUAAAAACUAAUAGCUAAGAACAACACUGAGAAAUGACACUUGCUUUGAUGGACUUUUAAAAUCUGUAUAUGCAAUAGAAUAAGUUUCUCAGGUAGCUUUGAUGAUAAAUACAUUUCUAAACCUUACACAGAAAAUUAAUAAUGUUAAAUGAAAGUGAAAAGUUUUAUAAGUUUAAUUUACCCUUGAGGAGUAGUUCUCAUUUAGAUUAUGCUUUUCAUAUACCUGCAGUGUGUGUGUGGAGGGGCUAUAGGACCCUGAUCUCAAUUUCCUGAAGACUAAAACUAAUGAGAGUUGUGAAAUGUAGCUAAGAGGAAGAAUUGGAGAACUUGAUUCUGCUUUCUAAAUGGGUUGCUCUGCUUUACCCAAAACUUCCCUUUGAUUUUAAAAAGUGGGAGUUCUUUGUACAUGGGGCCUACAUAGCUUGUGUUAUAUAAAUUCUAUACCUUUGAAACAAUAUUGUUCUGCAAGUCUUCUCAGACUUCAUAUGAUGUUUAGCAGCAAAGAGAUCUGUUUUCUACCCAUCCUCUUCAUUGCUAAAUAAAUUGUUCUGGAGUUUUCUUAAUAUCAAAAGCUUCCAUUUAUUGAUACUCCAAAUAAGGGAGACACAUUUAAGAUUCAGAAGUUAUGUAGUCAAGGAUAGAGGUAUCAAACACACAACCCAAGACCAGUUGAAACCCAUGGCACAGAAGUAUGGCCUGAACCAGAUUAAAAUGUAAUUGGGGGAUAUUUAACAAAAUAAGUAAAAACAUAAAAAAACA